AUGCGUUCUGGUGAUUUAUUAAUAGAAACUGACUCCAAAAAACAGUCCAACCACCUUCUAAAAUUGAAAGCACUUGCACAUAUACCCAUUUCUGUGAGUCCGCAUUCAUCUCUGAACUUCUCCAAGGGUGUCAUAACCUGCGGAGAACUAUAUAAUGUUCCUCUUGAAGAGACAUCUACCGAAUUGAAGAAGCAAGGAGUGAUUCAAUUCCGCCAAAUAACAGUCCGACGUGAUGGGCAACUCGUGCCUACCAAGCAUUACAUAUUAACAUUUCAUAAUCCUAAAUUUCCGGAAUAUAUAUAUGCAGGAUAUAUUAAACUACCAAUCAGACAAUAUAUACCAUAUCCAUUAAGAUGUUUCCAGUGCCAGCGAUUUGGCCAUUCGAAAGUUAAUUGCCGCGGGACCCUCACUUGUACCCGCUGUGCUGAAAAAGGGCAUGGCAGCCAGCAGUGCACGGCACAAGAAAAAUGUGUGAACUGA